UGGUCAUUGCUUGGGCAUCAGUACUGGAAGAGACUUUUUUUUUAAGAUUUAUCAUCAUGUAUCCUGUCUUUUGCUCAAAGAAGCUCAAGGCCCCUGAACACCAAGUAGCUGGCCACUCUGCUAAAGAAGGGAGGCUUGGUCCGCUCGUAGACGGCGAAGGCCGGUUCUUCAAACCAUUUCAACAUGAUUUUCGUGGGGAGAACGAGGCUAGGUUUUACAAGUUCUUCUCCUCGAACAAGAAAGCUCCAGAUCAUAUCCAUGGUUAUUUCCCUGCGUAUCACGAUAUUCAAGUAGUCGAAGCAUCUAAUGGAUCGGGCAAGCUUCCACAUGUUGUUCUUGAAGAUGUUGUUUCGGAUUAUUUAAGGCCGACGAUAAUGGAUACCAAGAUUGGAUCUAGAACAUGGUACCCGGAUGUAUCGGAAAGGUAUUUCAACAAAUGUAUGAGGAAAGAUAGAAGGACCACUUCGGUUCCUUUAGGGUUUAGGAUUUCGGGUUUUAAGAUUUUUGACCAUCAAGAAUCGAGUUAUUGGAUGCCUGACAAGAAGGUUGUUCAUGGGUACAACGUCGAUGAGGCUAGAUUGGCUUUUAGGAAGUUUGUGUCCUCGAACUCGCUAGCUGACUCGAUACCAGACUGCGCAUUCGCGUCAGAUGUUUAUGGUGGUUCUAACGGGAUAUUAGCUCAGUUGCUAGAGCUUAAGGCUUGGUUUGAAACUCAAACGCUUUACCAUCUCAAUUCUAGCUCGGUUUUGAUGUUUUAUGAGAAUGAUGAAUCGGUUUUGAUGAAAGGAGGGGAUGAUGCUGUGCGGGCACAAGUGAAGCUGAUUGAUUUUGCGCAUUUUGUUGAUGGAAAUGGUGUCAUCGAUCAUAAUUUCUUGGGUGGACUCUGCUCUUUCAUAAAAUUGAUCCAAGAUAUACUUGAGAGCUCGGACAAGAGCGAUGAAACUGGUACUUAUCGAUUUGGAAAUGGGCACUAGGAAUCAUUCGUGUUUACUUCAUUGUUCCCAAAGAAUAUCCAAUUCUUCCUUUGUGUUUUGGACAAACUUUUGUCCCUUUCAGUUGUAUAAUAAUAUGGACAUAAACUCCGAACCAAACCAUUGUACACUGUAUUGUAGUUUUCAUUUGAGGAAUAUUAAAUAAAAUAAAUGAUUAAUUUUA